GCGCGGCUUUCCAAGAUGUCUGCUUCCUGUGUGUUGAUGCUGACUGAUGCUUCGCCUUGAUGUUGACGGAGGUUGUUCCAAGUUCCAUACAGGGUGAUGUCUGGUGAGAUAUUUCAGCGUGAUCCUGUUCCAGAAAACCUGGAGGAUGUAGAUGUCAUUGGAAGAAAUCCACUUAUGUGUUAUUUGUGCAAUGGGAAGUAUGAGGACCCCUGCAUAUUAGGAUGUUACCAUAGUUUCUGCUCGACGUGCCUACAAGGAAGAGCCAAAGAUGGGAAAAUGUUGUGUCCCUUGUGCAAGGAAAGCACGACCCUCAAAGAAAGUGAUGGUUUACCUCCCAUGGAUAAACUUCUCCAGUUCCUAGUUAUGUCUUCCAGUGAGGAGAGGGAGCAGUGUGCCAACUGUGACAAUGGUGAGGGACAGAUGUAUUUCUGUAAUACUUGUGCACAGCCGUUGUGUGAAAAUUGUCGGGAAGAAACUCAUCGUGCCAAAAUGUUUACACGGCAUGAAAUUGUCCUCUUGUCUAAACGAACGAAAGAAAUCCACAGAGAAUGUUCUCUUCACCAUGAGCCUUUUAUCCUGUUUUCUACGGAAAAGAAAACAAUGCUAUGUAUCAAUUGCUUUAGAGAUAUGAAAAUAGAGAGUCGUUCAUACUGUGUUGACAUGGAAACAGCAUACCAUCAAAGCUGCAAGAAACUUGAUCAGAGAAUGCAGGCUAUCAGAGACCUCCAAAACUCUGUUCAAGACUCAAUUCUGUUACUCCGAGCCCUGCUGGAAGAAAUCACACAAAACUCUGAGCUGGAAAAGUCUGCCAUCAAAGAUCUCUACAACUCCAUGGUUAAAGAAAUAACAGAGAAACAGGAAACACUUUUAAUGGAGGUGGAUAGACAGUACCAGGACAAACAGAAGUUAUUCACGGAAGAGCUGGCCAGUCUAACGACACUUUUACCUACACUACAUACACAUCUGGUCACAUGUGCUGCUUUCUCGAGCUCAGCCAACAAAUUUGAGUUUUUGGACCUCGCCUAUAUACUGAUGGAGAGGCUGAAGUCAAUUAUUCACCUACAAUAUCCUCUACAUCCAUCUCAGGGGAGCCAGAUAUACACAGACUUCAAAGUUCAAAUCGCCAAGUGUCUGGAGCCCCUACUCUUUCCCCAGAGGAUGUCGUCUGUUUUGUCCUCUUCUGCUGCCGGACAGCUGUCUUUAUCAGCAGCAGCAACUUCAGCUCCACGACUAGAGAAAAACCUCUCUGUUCCACAAGCUAAACUGAGGUCAGGAAAUCUGUCGCAGAAUGAAAGACGACAAGUUGCUCUCAAUAAGCUAAAGCUUGCAGAAGGCAAAGGGGUGUUUGCUGAACACUGUCAGGAAUUUGAUUCCUCCCAUAAGAGUCUGUCCCAGAUGGUGGAACGCUUGAAGAGCCAUCUACAAGAGCUUCAAAGGGACCUAACUCUUCGUCGGUGUCUAACCAAACAGACCGUCAUGGAGGAGCUUCAGGGUAAAGUGGAACAAGUCGAGCAGGAACUGGAGAAUCACAAAACGAGGGUUGAGCAGAAACAACCUCUCCUGGAAAAGCACUGGGAGGAGUGUGUUCAGAGGAUAACCUGCGAACAGGAAGUGUAUCAAGCUCAACUACAGGAUGUGAUGAGAAUUCACCAAGAGACGAGUCACCUCCGGACUAUCCUUAAUCAGCUGUCCCGGUUUGUGACCUCCAUUACUGCCCUCACAGAAAGGCUUGCUCCAAAAUUGGCCACCUCGACUAAAGAGAGUAACCAUGACAAUCAGAUAGCUGCUAUCUUUGAACAAAUCAACACCAUGGAACCUGAUUCCCAGCACAGGGUUGAGGCUAUUCGUACUGCAGAGGAGGAGCGAGAAACACUUUCAGCCAAUCGUACAAACCCCAUGGACGAGGAGCUGAUUAAAACAAAGGGGCUCUUGAGAGCUCCAUCGGCACGACGAGAAGGGACACAGCGCAAACGGGAAACCAAGGAAGGCAACGGAGAAUCUAUUGAGAAGGAUUUGACUCCUUCUCCAAGCAAGGACUUAACUUUAAAUGCAUGUCAAGGAGAAAUGGAAACAGGUGCUAAAGUUUCCAUAGGAGAUGUGACAGGAGAGGAUGCAUCUACAAAAGAGGCUACUGAGUCUUCAUGUGAAGAUUGUGCAUCCACAAAAACUCAAGUUAGUUGUCAAAAAGAAGAUAGUAAUGAAGUAUCAACUAAACUGUUGUUAAAGAAAGACGAUAUUACUGAAGUAUCAACUAAACUGUUGUUAAAGAAAGACGAUAUUACCGAAGUAUCAACUAAACUGCCGUUAAAGAAUGAUUUAAAUAUGUCAAAAGUUUUGGAUAAAAUCACCCAUCAGGAAAAAUGCUCAGGGUCGAAUAUAAAGUCUAAAUUUGGCUCAGAGGAAACUAUUGGAUGUACGGAUUCUUCAGCAGAAGCGGUUCAAGCUUUAGAACCGGCAACAUUAGGAUCUGCUUCAGAGACCCGACAUAUAAAAUCAAAUCUUAAGGUGGACACAAUUUCACAGACACAAACUAGUAGCAAUAAAAUUAACACAGUGUCUGAUUGUGAACCUGCUGUGAAUAUUUCUACAGAUAAACUAUCUUCAAAAACUCUCCCACCUUCCAAAGCAAUACCCUGUGAUACCCUUCCCAUUUCCUGUCAGACAGGAAGCCAAUCUCCCGAAAGUCUAACUGUCACUUCACCAACCUUGUCUGAUUCUUCUAUGUGUGGGGCUGGAUCCCCGGGGUCAGAUACUCAGUCGUCCAAGACGUUAUCCCACGAGGACACUUCUGAGAUUGAAGGCCAAGACGACGAUAUGACUGGCGGAGAGACGCUCAGAGCUCGGAUUGAAAGGCUGAAAGUUUCUAUAGACAAUGGCACAACUGUACCUCAAAGGUCAAGGUCACCACAAGACAGUGCAUCACAAGGGUCAAGGUCACCCCAGGAUACUGUAGCGCAAGGGUCAAGGUCACCCAGAAUAAAAGGUUCAUUAUCAAAUGGCAUACCACCAAUGGUAGAUGGGGGUAAAGUUGUGUCACAAAAGCACAAUGAUUGUGUUGCAUCAUUUGUAGCAAAUGGGGAAGUGUCGGAUAAAGGGGAUAAUACUUCUAGGUCAGUUGAUGUUGCCAUGACGAUGGAGUCGCAUGAGCUAGAGAUUAAAUCGUCUACACAGAGCAGGGCUGGUAGUCAAGCUGGUGGCCGCCGUCGACGGAGGAUCAAAUCGGAGCAGAUUAAUAAUAAUCCUGUCCAAUCCGUAAGUGACAGUCUGGGGUCAGAUAUUAAUAAGGUCACGGAGUUGGUCUAUCACACUGAGUAAAAUGAUGCAAUAUCAAAUAUUGGGUUAAGGGGAUUGAGUUAUGCUGCUGAAUCAAAUUUUAUGUAGAGUAAUUAAGCUAAGGGCUUUUACAGUAAAACAUCUACCCCACCCCAGGACUCCAGGUUUGGUUUGGGGUACCACCUAUAGAAUUUAUUUAAUAAAUUACACAAAAGUAAUAGGAAGGUGAUCCAACCAUGGAUAGAAGUGAUUUAUUGUUGAGUCCUGGGGUCAGGUAGAUAUUUUAAUAGAAUAGCCCUAAUAGAAUUCUUAGCCCAGCAUGCAUGAUGUAAAAACACAUAUUUUUCAACUUGAUUGUAAAAUUUGCAAAGGUUCCGAUGUGACUUUCCUAAAGUGCUAAAACUUCAGAGAUGAGAUUUCUGUAUGGGUUGAUAUUUUCAUAACUCUUCAUGUUGUUCGAUACUGCAUGUUUAUAUAUUAAAGGUAAACUAAAGGUAUUGCAACAUAACAAUGGCACCUUAAAGGUUCGUCAAAAUUGAUUUGCAUACUGUACAGACAGAUACAAUUGUCCCUUCUUUGAAGCAAUAUCAGUGCUAUUUUUACUGAAAACAUUUCACAAAAGCUACAAUAAUUUCAUGCAUGAAGGAUUUACAAUGAAAAAAAAAUGUGGAGACUCUUUGAAUCUUUUUAGCGUGGUUUGGUUGAUAAAUAAGCUUUUUUUUGUGGUCGAUGCAUUUCUCCAAAAAAAAAAAAAAAAAAAUGUUAUUCUUUAACAAGUUCCUGCCAUACAGGAGAUCUGUUAUCCAUUGUAGGAAUGUAUCACCUAGCUAUUGAUAUACACAAGUUACUGAUUUCUCCAGUUUAGUCCGUACUUCCUGUCAUGUAUUAAUAAAUUAUGGCUACACAUAAAUCCUGUCACUGUAUUUUUAGUCCCCUACUAGUGAAACAGGGGGACUGUAGGUUUCCUCCCAUCCGUCUCUCUGUCUGUCAGUCUGUUAGUCCUUCCACUCAGUUUUCUGCAUUUUCUCAGCCAUGCUUCAAAGUAUUAUAAACAAACUUAAUUACAUCACUCAAAAUUUUGACAUUUUAUUACAUGAAUGCCUGCUAUCCUCACAGUUAGUACAAAUCAAUACACAGAGUCCCUCACAAUAAUCACAGUAAUAUAACGUAAAUACAAUACAUAAUUAACCACCUAAAUAAAAAACACAAACAGGAAGACGAUCGAGUGGAAACGAGGUUGACCUGUAAGGUCAACAGGUGACCUGUAAGGUCAACCAAUGAAAGUGCCAGGUACAAUUCACAACCGGUGUAUACAAAAUAAACUACCGGUAAAAAAGUACCAGGUACAAUACAUGUAUAUGAAAAUAAAGUAUGAUUUUGGUGAUUACAGUAUGAGUAGCUACAGAUCAAGUUCAAGUUUCAGGGAUUUUGGAUCAAGGUCACUGUUACUAUUUUUGGUGGGGGCUUGUAGGGGACAUGUUAAAGCAAUACUCAGCAUGCUUGUUAUUAUACUUAUUGGGUGAGUCGAGUGCUUAUUGGGUUAAUCAAGUACAAUCCAUAUUGAUAUGCUAACAGAUGUGUCCUGUAGAGCAAUUAUAGGAUUUGUGUUUACAUAUAAGUGUCUCGGCACAUUGGGGCCGCGGUGGCCGAGUGGUUAAGGUGUCCCGACACUUUAACACUAGUCCUCCACCUCUGGGUUGCGAGUUCGAAACCUGCGUGGGGCAGU